GGGACGGGAGCCGGGUAGGGGCAGCCCUUUCCCAGGCGGUAGUGGGGGCGGUAGUGCUGUUGCCCUUUUAAGCUGCGGCUUGACGGGAGCAGCGCCUCCUGUCGGUGGAGUCUGUUACAAGGGGAGCAGCCGCCCAGGCCGCCACACAGCUCCCCGCAGAGGCCUCGGUGCCCCUUGCCAUUUUCCAGCCCUACUCCGACUAGAGUGGAGGCAGCGGGGAGAGGCGGAGCCGCGAGAGCGCCGCCGAGAGGUCCCGCGGGUGGUCGCGGCCAUGACAGCGGCUCCCGACCGGCUCACCUUCCGCACCCCUCCCGCCAGAGUCAGGUUUUCCUUGUUCCCGCAUGUGCGUGUUCAGCCAAUCGUUUUUAAGGAGAAACUAACAAUGAAAACGGACUCGUGGAUGGAGGAAAAGUUGGAAUGCAGCCUCUGGUGCUGUUUGAGCGAUCCCUCUCCCCCGGACAGCUGCUGUGUUCUGGAAAGGCGCAUUGUACCGUGGAUGCAGCAAGGCUGAAGAAGGGCCUACUCGAUAGAAUCAGUCAUCAUGCAAAUAAAUGCCACCUGAGUCAAAGGCAAAGCCAGAGUGCAGCUUGGAGCAAA